ACAGCCAUGUCUGGGAAGAAAUGAACCGAACUCAUCUGUGACAUCUCUGGGAUUUAGCUCCACUAAUCUAGACUGAAACGCUUCAAGACUAACCGGGUUCUCCUUUCUAUAAAAGAAUCGUUGUCAUUUUUUAAAAAUAUAUUUUAGCAGCCCUGUUGACACUGCGUCUGUGUCGAGGGAGGGGGAAUUAUGUCGGUUUUAUUUAAAGACGAAUAAAACAGUUGGAGCGGUUUAACACUUCGCUGGAAUCGGGUCCUGUGUGGGUAAUCGCCGGACCGCUGAACCUGCUGCCUUACUUAUUUUUAUAUGACUCCAUAGCUGUGUUUUAUUUGGAGGACAGCGUAUGCUGGUGAAAAUCGAGCAUGUCAGGAAAACAUUACAAGGGUCAUGAAGUCAGUUGUUGCAUCAAGUAUUUUAUAUUUGGAUUCAAUAUAAUAUUUUGGUUGCUGGGAGUAGCCUUCCUGGGGAUUGGACUGUGGGCAUGGAGUGAAAAGGGCGUGCUCUCCAACAUCUCCUCCAUCACGGAUCUGGGGGGCUUCGACCCUGUCUGGCUCUUCCUGGUGGUUGGUGGGGUGAUGUUCAUUCUGGGCUUCGCUGGCUGCAUAGGAGCUCUGAGGGAGAACACCUUCCUGCUCAAAUUUUUCUCCGUGUUUCUGGGGAUCAUCUUUUUCCUGGAGCUGACCGCUGGGGUUCUGGCCUUCGUCUUUAAGGACUGGAUCAAGGACCAGCUCAACUUCUUCAUCAACAACAACAUCAGGGCUUACCGGGACGACAUUGACCUGCAGAACCUCAUCGACUUCACCCAGGAAUACUGGGAGUGCUGUGGGGCGUUUGGGGCGGAUGACUGGAAUUUGAACAUCUAUUUCAACUGCACCGAUGCCAACCCCAGCCGAGAGAAGUGUGGCGUGCCUUUCUCCUGCUGCACCAAGGACCCCGCGGAGGAUGUCAUCAACACACAAUGUGGCUAUGAUGUGCGAGCAAAGGCGGAUUCAGAGCAGAAGACUUACAUUUAUGUGAAAGGCUGUGUGCCGCAGUUUGAGAAAUGGCUGCAGGACAACCUGACUGUGGUGGCAGGGAUCUUUAUCGGUAUCGCACUGCUCCAGAUUUUCGGGAUAUGCUUGGCACAAAACCUCGUCAGUGACAUCGAAGCUGUGAGGGCGAGCUGGGUGCCCCCCUCUCUCUCCGCCCGCCGGCCGCCACUGCCACACCCCAGCAAGAAAGCCAGGGCAUACACAUGAGGAUGUGUGUGUGUUUACCCGUUUGUUCACCUGAGGCCACGGCUCACCCUCGUCCUUGAAGACACAGGUGUCCUCAAGAACGCCGGCACCAGCGAGGGAAGAGAGGGACAAGCCGAGCGCACUGCGCCUGAAAAAUGUACAAAGACUACCUGUACCAUUUGUUUUAUGAUCUGUAUAUAUUAAUACUUUUAUAGGGGUUCCAUGAGUUUUUUUUUCCAAGAUUUGUGGUGGUGUCAAACACCUUGUGUAAAAAAAGAAAUGAAAAAAAAAUGGAGGGGAGGGGGUGGGAUGUUCUGUAAAUGCACUGCAUGCCUAACAAAAUGGCAUUGGUUCUCUAUGUAUCUCAUGAUGUAAAAAGCUUUUCUUCACACUAAUGACCAAUUUAAACGUAGCUGUGGUUGUUCCACUUUGAAACAUGCAGGGGUUAGAACAAUACAAAAGCAAUGACACUAAAAUGCAAACCUACAGUCAAAAUCUGUGGACAGGAGCCAUAUUCCCAGAAUUCCUUCAGCCGACGAAGCUUUGGUCUGUGUAAUAUACUGCGUCUUAAGGUGGCAGUUUGACUUCAUUUUGUAGUGUUCAACAGUAUCUGUCAACUCAUUAAGUCUUACAAAAGACAAGUGGGGUAUCUGUCUUUGUAGUACAAGUAUGAGUUUUGAUUUCAAAUGAAUCAGUUUGGGUAUGACAUGAAUAGGCCUUAGGGUAAAGGCGUAUUUCUUGCCAAAUAAAUAGAAGUUGUAAAUAGUGCUUUAAAGCUUUGUUGCUUCCUGAGAAAAUGAUGUUUUUGUAUUGUUGAUAGAUUUUCAGAAUCUGUUCCCUGUUAUUGUGAGUUGUGAUAAAGAUGCUCCAUGAGCCAGUUCCCCAGGCCCUCUGAGCCAUCUCCUGGAAUUCUCAUUUCUGCUGUUGUCAUAAAUCCGAGCGGGUGCUAGUGUACCUCAGCGCCUGUACACUUGUGUGAAAGAGGACCCUGUUGAGUCCCUCGCGAAAAGGGCGAGGUGUUUUUCUCACCCGACGCCUCGCGCCACACCACAUCUGUGCUGUGAGGACUCGCCCGCUUUUUCCGCCAGUCAAAGCAGCUCUCUCCCCACGCUCACAACUUCCACCUUCUUAACUUUCACUUCUGUUCCAACUGCCCUGUGAACUUACAGCCAGCCUUAUUUCUGUACCCCACUGACAUUGUCUAGGAUAAUAAAAAAAAAAGUGGAGAAAAAAAAAAAAAAGAUAACCGAAUGUGAAUAUGGGU